UCUCGCCACUGAUAUCUGCCACUGUUAUCUGCUACUGUUUAUAAGUUCGCCACUCUCUUCCCAUGUCCAUGGCUUCCCAAGAGGCGCCGCUUCUCCCUGCCGACGACUCCGACGGAAAGGUCAUCAUCUCCGUCUCCGACGAAGAGUGGUCGGAGGUAGAAGCGAACGAUGGGCUCGCGCCCCCGUUCUCAUGGCGGAAGCUAUGGCGCUUUACCGGCCCAGGGUUCCUUAUGUGCAUUGCUUUCCUUGACCCCGGAAGUCUUGAGGGCGAUCUCCAAGCCGGAGCCAUCGCUGGAUAUAGCCUCCUCUGGCUUCUUCUCUGGGCGACGGCGAUGGGACUUCUUAUACAACUUCUGUCUGCAAAGCUUGGCGUGGCGACUGGGCGGCACCUCGCCGAGCUCUGUCGUGAGGAGUAUCCACAGUGGGCGGGAAUCGUGCUGUGGGUCAUGGCGGAGCUUGCGCUUAUCGCCUCAGACAUCCAAGAGGUUGUUGGAAGUGCCAUCGCGAUUAGGAUACUCAGCGGCGGGGUUAUACCCCUGUGGGUCGGCGUCCUCAUCACUGCCCUCGAUUGCUUCAUUUUCCUCUUCCUUGAGAGUUAUGGUGUGAGGAAACUGGAAGCUUUCUUUGCGGUCUUGAUUGCAACCAUGGCCAUUUCCUUUGCUAUAAUGUUUGGUGAAACUAAGCCCAGCAGGAAGGAUCUCCUUAUUGGUUUGCUGGUUCCAAAGGUAAGUCCUAGUACCAUAACCCAAGCUGUGGGGUUAGUAGGGUGUGUCAUCACUCCCCACAAUGUUUUCUUGCAUUCUGCUCUGGUGCAGUCUAGAAAGAUCAAUACUAAAAGGAAAAGCUGUGUCACAGAAGCAAUUAGAUAUUACUACAUAGAAUCAGCUGCAGCUCUUACUAUUUCCUUCGUUAUCAAUUUCUUUGCUACCACAGUUUUUGCAAAGUCAUUUUAUGGAACUAAAAUAGCUGGUGGUAUUGGCCUUGAGAACGCAGGGCACGUUCUACAAGAGAAGUAUGGGGCUGCUUUGUUUCCCAUACUCUAUAUCUGGGGGCUUGGGUUAUUAGCGUCUGGACAGAGUAGCACUAUUACAAGCACCUAUGCUGGACAAUUUAUCAUGGAAGGAUUUCGUAAUCUUCAUAUGAAGAAGUGGAUUCGAGCGCUUAUUACUCGAAGCUGUGCAGUUGUGCCAGCAAUAAUAGUUGCUUUAUGUUUUGACUCUUCUGAUACUACAGUGGAUGCUUUGAAUGAGUCACUUAAUAGCCUUCAAUCAAUCCAGGUUCCUUUUGCCCUUAUUCCACUUAUCAAGCUAGUUUCAAAGGAGCAAGUUAUGGGUUUCUUUAGAAUUGGUUUCAUUCUCAAAACUCUGGCUUGGAUUGUUGCUGCUUUCUUGAUAGCCAUUAAUGGCUACCUUCUGGUGGAUUAUUUCUCCAAUGAAAUGCAAGGACUGCUUCUCACCUCCAUUAUUUGUGUAUUCUUGAUGCUAUAUUUAGCUUUUGUCAUAUACCUUAUCGUUCGUGAUGAUUCUCUAUCAGUAUUCCGCAAGAAAUCACCAAAUCCUACCACUUGACAGCUCCAUUCAUCCCUUGAGAUUGUGAUUUCAGAUACGUUUAUUGGCAGCCAAAACAGAAUUAUAUUAAUAUUCUCUCAAGCUUUCAGUACCAGAUUAUCUACCCAUUCUCCAAGCAGCAGCUGCUAGGUCCGUUAUCUGGCCAUUGGAAUCCAGAGAAGAGCCACUUAUUUGAAGAAAGUUAGGCUUCGUUUGGAAUGACUUUCUUACUACUUCUUAAAGCGACUUUUUCGUUCAAAAAUUAAAAUUUUAAUGCUAGAAAGCUGCUUUAAGAAGCAGUAAGAAAACCGUGCGAAACAAAGGCUUAGUAACUUACAGCAAUGUGCAGGUUUUUUCUUUUAAAUUACAUGCUUCUUUUUGCAAAUAAUAAUGAACUUCUCUCCAUGUUGGGAUAAGGCUAAUGAAGAAGAAGAAGAAUCAACUGCUCUGCAUCUUUUGAUGAAGAAGGUUGUCUUAAUUUUUUGUA